AUGUGCAAACUUUUGGAAAAAAUAAUCAAUUUAAGACUCGUGUGGUUCAUUGAAAAAAUAAAUGACUUAAGCCCAGACCAAAAUGGUUUCAGGCAUCAGCGCGGUACAUACCUCUCAUUAAUGAAAAUCCAAUCUGAGAUUGAAAACUCCUUUCAGAAUAAUCAAACUUUAGGAAUGGUAUGUCUUGAUAUAGCCAAGGCAUACGAUACCGCCUGGCGACCGCACAUUAUCUCGUACCUCAAAGAAAUAUUAUCUAAGGGAAACUUGUUUAAUUUUAUUAAAAAUGUCCUGUCAGAUAGAACUUUUCAUGUCAAAGUCAAUCAACGGUUAUCAUCCACUUUCUACCAACAAAAUGGCGUGCCACAGGGGUCAACAUUAUCCGUCACACUUUUUCUCAUUUCUAUAAACAAUAUAACUAAAUCAAUAACCUACCCCGUCAAAUGCACAUUAUAUGCCGAUGAUUUUAAUAUUUUGUGCAGAAGCACAGAACUUUGUACCGUUCAAUCAAAUUUACAAAAAACACUUAAUAAUCUCCACGAAUGGUCUCUCACGACUGGAUUCGAUUUUUCGGCAAGCAAAUCUCAAUGUAUAGUAUUUACAAGAAAAAGGAAACAAAAUAAAUUAAAACUUAAUAUGAAUAAUAAUCUAAUUCCCAAUAAUAACACAGCUAAAGUACUCGGAAUUACAUUCGAUUCAAAAAAUAACUGGAUCCCCCAUAUAAAAAACUUAAAAAAAGCCUGCUCAUCUAGAAUAAACAUAAUGAAAAUGUUAGCCCACACAAGCUGGGGAGCAUCGUUUUCGACUCUAUCCAUAAUACAUAGAUCCCUUAUUUUAUCUAAACUCGAAUACAAUGCGUUCCUCAUUAUCAAUGCUAAUAAAAACGCCCUAAAAAUGUUAGACACAAUCAAUAACGUCGGAGCAAGACUUGCAACCGGAGCGUUUCGGUCCAGCCCUAUUGAUAGUCUUCUCAACAUAGCCAACAUAAUGCCUCUCCAUAUAAAACGUCAAGAAGCAGCAAUGAUUCUCGCAACCAAACUUGCCAGAGACAGAAUGAUAUCUUCCCUAAACUCUUACCCGUCCUUACUAGCAAUCAUUAAAAAAAAUAAUAUCAAUCUUACAAAUAUUUUAACAUCUCAACUCCCUGUCAUCCCUCCUUGGACAUCUUUACCUAAUAUUAUUGAUACCAAUCUUGCUGAACUUCCUAAAAACUCAACCAGCUCGCAGGUAUACAUCCAAAACUUUAAGAACACAAUAUCGCAAUAUUCUAACAAUACUGAAAUCUACACUGACGCCUCAAAAUCGGAAAACAACGUGGGAAUCGCCAUUAUACACACAGAUGAGGUAAUAACAUAUAAACUUCCAACAGAAUGCUCCAUAUACUCAGCUGAAGAAAUCGCCAUUCUAAAAGCCUCUGAAUACGCACUUGAAAAACAAUAUCAACAUUUUAUUAUUUUAAGUGAUUCCUUAAGUACAAUUUCUAGCACAGCAAACACACAUAAGCCUAACGACAUUGCAAAGAAAAUCCACCUUCUCAUUUACUCCCAUCUCUCUAAAGGGAAUGCGGUCAAAAUAAUGUGGAUACCAGGUCAUUCGUCAAUUGAAGGCAAUGAAAAAGCAGAUAAGCAAGCCAAGCACACAGCCUCCUCAACUUCCUUAGACAUCACUCCUCUUACUACUUCUCAAGAUACCAUAAGAACAAUAAAACAUCUAUCAAUACAAGCUUGGCAAAAUAUAUGGGUAAAACAAAAAACGAAACUUAACGAAAUUAAGUCAACUGUUCUCCACUGGCCCAACAAUCAUCCCGGCAGGAAAAAGGAAACCAUCAUCAACAGGCUAAGAAUAGGCCACACCAGAAUAACCCACGGAUACCUUAUGUCCCGUGAUGAGCCUCCCUCGUGUAUGACAUGCGGGGUUGAACUAACAAUUAAACACAUUCUCACGGAAUGCUUUGCAUACCUCGACGCAAGGAACCGUAAUAAUCUAUCCAGCGAUUUAUAUGACACACUUGGACCAGUCUUGCCAUCGCCGGACAUAUUCGUGUUCCUCCAGGAGACCGGAUUGGACAAACUUAUUUAG